GAAAUGUUUUUUAAGUGAUUUUAUAGAUAUUUUGUAUGUGGUUUUCAAAUGACAAAUGUAGGUCAAAGAUGACUCCCAGAUUUCUGACAGAUUUUUUAUUGAAGUUUAUUACAAACCUGCAGCAUCAUACAGCAACAGGAUCCAAGAGUGUCUCCUAAGAGAGAGAGAGAGCUACAUAUAUUUAUCCAAAGAUCAACAGUAGUAACUUUAAUAAUUAGUUUUACUUAUACCUUAUCCAUCACUGGAGAACAAUCCGUUUGAGUGAGGCCAUGAGAAACAUUAGCGAAAAAGAGCUCCUAUCCCUCCCAGCUGGUUGUGGUUGGAGAGAUUAUACUGUGUGGUCUGGACAGAUUAGUGUUGCAUUUAGCAGAAGUGAUAAACUGCAGAGUUGAAGCCAGGGCAAUAAUUACACGGGCAGCUUUAAAAUCAUUGUUUCUUCAGAAACAGAGCUUAGCACUGUUUUAGACUGAUUUUGGCAGCAGUAAGUAUCCCAAAUAACUGGCACCAAAGUGUACUUUAUUCCCUUCUUCAAGUGAGACUUAGCCAAGGGGUCUGAAAAGAGCAAUGUUGUAAAAAUAGUACAAACAACAUAAACAGGCUAAAACAAUUGUUACACACUAUACAAAAGAGUUUACACAGUUGAUGAUGCUUUCAUUUGCUCAAAUGGCUGUCCCUGCUACAAGCAUGACAAAUAUAACUACCUCUAUGUCCCAGCUGACACACAGGCACAGGCUGCAGCAAGGGUUGUUUAGCAGGUAUUUCAUUGCAUCAAUAUGUCAAGGUACCACAAGUUUGGACUUGUGAUUGUUUAGGGGAAUGCAUGGCCAUGAUGAGACCUGUCAUUAUUCAUUACCAUUACUGUGCAGAUGACAGCUUAUGUGACUCCUUACAGAAAAUCCCAAACUGAGAUUCGAAUCCAGCACCUUCUAGCUGUGAGGCGACACUGCAAGUUAUUACACAGUGCUGCCAAGAUUUUCUAAUAAAACAGAAGAAGAAUUUAUUGGUUGUGAUUUUCAUAACACAGAAGGGGAAAGAACAAUGAGGUAUUGUCAGUUUACAGAGGAGAAAUACCUUCAAUGUUGUUAGCAAUGCAGUGGAUAGAAGACACUGAGAGCAAUCAUUUGUUCAGAUUCAGGCUACUCACUAACACGUUCUCAGAACAGUCAGAGACAGCAGACUAGACAUUUUGUUAGUAAUGGGUCUUAUAGUAACAUUUUCAUGGGUACUGGCACAUUCUGGCAUCAAAGGAAAUGAAAUGACAGAUUAGGUUGCAAAGAAAGCCAGACAAAGCAUUGACAUUGACUUGUAAGCUGGCUUUAGCAUGUCAGAAAUAAAGAGCAUUAGAAAUGAGUUGUGCAGAGUGAAACAGGAGAGAUGAGAUAUUAAUAUCAAUGCAUAGAUUUUGACACAGAGCACAAAAUAGCAUACUAUUCAAAAUAGGUUCACAUAAUGCAGGCAGAUGUGAUUACUGUGGGACAGAAGAAAAACUAAGGCUUGUUAUCCUACACUGUCAGAAAUAUGAGGCAGCUAGAAGACAUCUGAAUAAAAACUUCAGACAAAAUUUUAUGAUAUAGACACUCUUAACAGGCAUUGGUGCUUUCAAAUCAUAUUUCAGUAUCUUGGGCUAAUUUGAUUUUUGGUGAGAAUCUGAGUUUUAACGACAGCUAUACAAGCCUAGACUCUUAUCUACACUCCACACCGGUCGGUGGCGGUAAUGUACCAACUCGUUAUUUGGCAACUGCAAGGAGGAGGAAGAAGAAGAAUAAAUUUCCCCCUAUAACCUGUGGUGGGCAGCAAUCCGUGUCUGCUGCUUCUAAGUCUUCCGCAUUACACCAGAAGAAGAAGAGGCGCAAGCGACAGCAAAUACCGCACCUUCGACCUAGGCAAAGCAUGGCAAUGACCAGCCAGAGCUCGUGCUCCUCCAUGAGCAACCACACCAAGGAGCGGGUCACAAUGGCCAAAGUGACCUUGGAGAACUUCUACAGUAACCUUAUCGCCCAGCACGAGGAGAGGGAGAUGAGGCAGCAAAAACUGGAAAAGGUGAUGGAUCAGGAGGGCUUGGCCGAUGAAGAGAAACGUAUACGGCGUUCUGAGCAUGCAAGGAAAGAGACAGAGUUUCUACGUUUAAAACGCACUCGAUUGGGUCUGGAAGACUUUGAGUCCCUGAAAGUGAUUGGCCGAGGAGCUUUUGGUGAGGUUCGCCUGGUGCAGAAGAAAGACACUGGUCAUGUCUAUGCCAUGAAAAUCCUCCGAAAAGCUGACAUGCUGGAGAAAGAACAGGUUGGCCAUAUCCGUGCUGAGAGGGACAUUCUGGUAGAGGCAGACAGCCUGUGGGUGGUCAAAAUGUUCUACAGCUUCCAGGAUAAGAUGAACCUCUACCUCAUUAUGGAGUUUCUGCCUGGAGGGGACAUGAUGACCUUGCUGAUGAAGAAGGACACUCUCACAGAAGAGGCGACUCAGUUCUACAUUGCAGAGACGGUGCUGGCCAUCGACUCCAUCCACCAGCUGGGCUUUAUCCACAGAGACAUCAAACCUGACAACCUGUUGCUGGAUUCAAGGGGUCAUGUGAAGCUGUCUGACUUUGGUCUAUGCACUGGGUUGAAGAGGGCCCAUCGUACUGAGUUCUACAAGAACCUGAACCACAGCCUGCCCAGUGACCUCAGUAAGCAAACUUUCCAGAACAUGAACUCCAAGAGGAAAGCAGAGACUUGGAAGAGGAACAGGAGGCAGCUGGCUUUCUCCACAGUGGGAACCCCAGACUACAUCGCUCCAGAGGUCUUCAUGCAGAAUGGAUACAACAAGCUUUGUGACUGGUGGAGCCUGGGUGUCAUCAUGUAUGAGAUGUUGAUAGGUUACCCUCCGUUCUGUUCAGAGACACCUCAGGAAACAUACAGGAAAGUGAUGAACUGGCGAGAGACCCUUACCUUUCCCCCAGAAGUGCCUAUAUCAGAGAAGGCCAAAGACCUCAUCCUCAGAUUCUGCUGUGAGGAAGAGCACAGGAUCGGUGCCGUAGGUGUGGAGGAGAUCAAGUCCAAUUCUUUCUUUGAGGGGGUAGACUACGAUCAUAUCAGAGAAAGACCUGCUGCCAUUCCCAUUAACAUCAAAAGCAUCGACGACACCUCAAACUUUGAUGAAUUCCCCGAUUCAGAUAUCCUCACACCAACAACCACCCAGGUGUCCAAUCAGACCGAAGCAGAUCUGAAGAACAAGGACUGGGUCUUCAUCAACUACACCUACAAACGCUUCGAAGGCCUGACUGCUAGAGGAGCCAUACCAUCCUACAUGAAGUCAGGGAAGAGAUGAACACUUUCAGACUGGCUUUUAAUCAACACCCCCAUGAAACCUGAAUGAGUUGUCCAACCUCCUGCUAUGUGAGGAACUUUAGCCCUGAAAGGAGAACUGUGACUCUGCUCUAUGUUACCGGAGUGAUGAGUUCUUGUCAUUCAGCCCUCUGCAAAUAAUAAAGGGACUUGUUUUCAUCCCUUGCUUUCCAUAGAUUUCCAUUACACCAUAGGAUUUGCUGUCUUUAUUUCUGCAGGUCUUCACUUCGAUGCUUCCGAGGGUACCUCUCUUCUUCCUGCUCACACAAUGACUGAAAAUGGGAUUCAAGUAAUUCUAUCCACUUGUUUUUUGCACCAGUGGAUGCAGUUGGAUGUCUUUACUCCUGAUACCAGCAUCAUUUACAUUCCCUGUCUAUAAACCAGCACCAUUCUGUCAGACCUUCCAAGGGCUCUUUCACUUCUUUUGCCAUUUUAUGUUGACUUAUCAACUCAAACUUUGCAUUAAGUUGUUACUUGAAGUGAAUCACGUGCUCUUCAGGGAUUCUGUCCAAAUGUUUCUUGUUAUUUCCAACAAGAUCUCACUCUGAGGCUUCUCUAAAGUGCUGCUGGCUUCUUAAGGUGACCUAACCAAAGACUGUGAGCUGAAUGAUGUUUCUGCUUGAUCUCUCUGUCACGUCACUUCUUGUAAACUUACAGUUGUACUUUUAUAGAUUUGAGAUUUGCAAUUCUGCUUGUUGAAACGUGUGAAUAUAUGAGAAGUAUGCUUAUUUUUUUUGGAACAAACACAAGAGUCUUGUUACAUUUUGACAAUGAUCCGUUUUAUGUUCAAACACCUUAAAUAAGUAAGUGAUGUGGAUGAACCUCUAGUACAGUCAGGCCUCCAGCUCAUUAGAUUGUGUGUUUGGACUGGGAGUUUGACAGAGUGAAAGUGUUAUCUCAAAACUAAAAUCACCAUUCCUCCAACAAUGUCUACAUUUGACUAUUUUAUUAGACAGUUGCGACUAAAAUUUUGAAAUGAUCAGUCAAUCUGCCAGAUAUUUUCACAAUUAAUGAAAGUCCUAGGUGACGUUCUCAUGUCUUUAUUUGUCCAAACAGUUGGAAACUUUAAAAUAUUAUGUGUAGAAAAAUAUUAGCACAAGGAAAAAUGGGUGGGUGGGGGGGUGGGGGGGGUGUAGCAAAUGAUUUUUUGUUUAAAAAUGACUCAAAAGGAUUGUUUGCUUGUGAUGGUUGCAAUUUUCUGCCAAAUGCUGCUGCUUGUACAUGUCUACAGUUGUAAUGUUUGGCUGCAAUCUAGCUCUUUUAAUUAUUGAUUGAGCUGUCAACUUUUAAAUUGAUCAAAACAAAAUAUUUUAUAGCAUGAGGUGAUACUUAAUGUCUUGACCCGGAACCAUUCACCUUGAUUAUGAGAUUGGUUUUUAAUCAAUUUCAUUUAGUCAAAAAUCUGUUGAAACACACUCCAGCAUGCACAUCAGUGUGUGCAUGAUGGUUUUUGUUUUGGAUUGUGCCAAUUAGCUUACUGUGGUGUGAUGUAGUCGAAAAACACGGAACCUGGAUAGAUCAUUUACCACCGUGAAAACUGCUCAGUGUGUUCUGUGAUUGAGCCAGAUAAAAACUGUUGCUGGAAAAUGGAGAAAAAAAACCCCAACAACUUACUUACAGCUUGUGGGAAUAGGUAAUGGCUUCAUAAGUAGCUGCAUGUGAUUGUGGAUGUGAACAUUACAUGUAGCUUUACAUGAUGUGGAAACAUACCACUCUUUGCCAGGCCUGUUUCAGUCAGUAGCACUGCACCCAGUACUGCAGUCACAAGACAUUUGUUUUGGUUAAAAUUCAGAGAAAUAAUGUCAUUGUUUGAAAUCUAUGUUGAUGUGUAAUAGCAUUGUGGUUGAUCUGAGGCCAGACUGUUGACUGAUGGAGAGAAUCUUCUAGCAUUACUAUGUUAGGCUGUCAUUCUGAAUGUGUGAUUUUUUUUUUAAUUAUUAUUUUUGUAAGAGACAUUUAACAUCUUAACUCCACAGUGCCACAGACAAGAUAAAGUGGCGGAGUUACUUUGUACAUUUACAAGCACAGGGCUUAACAUUUUCCAGUGAACACAAUAUCCAAAAUGCUGUCAUUUAAAAUGAAUGUAAAUUAAGUUUUAUGGAGUCAUUGGGACUUUGUUUUUUGUUUUUUUGAGGGAGGGGUUGCAUUUUAAAACAGUAGUUUUAAGAUGAUGCUUGUGUGAAUGAAAGCUGGACCAUACAUGUUUUCUUUUUUAUUUGGAUUCUUUGUCAUAGCACGCAUGGUGUUCUGUAACUAUGGAAACCCAUUCCUGCUAUAAACAACAAAAGAAACAAAGGGUACAGAGAAAGGAAAGAACAAGAGUCAAAACUAUAUGCCAAGGUAAAUGAUGACUUAUUGUUGCAAUAUUGGCAUAGAUUUCCUCAUUUUGCAAUUAAAAUCGUGAAUUUUUAUCAAAUGAAGUAAAGAAACAAGUGGAUAUAUGUGGAAGCUUUCAACUCAAAAAUAUGUAAAGUCAAAUGUACGUCAGGAUUCUUGACGUAUUUUACAUACGUCAAACUGUUGACCAACACUGUAUUUUCAGAUUUACAGGAUUACCAUAAUCAUAGAGUCAAAACUAUCUAACGAUUACAUAGACAUUUGAAUAGACAAACAACUAAAGACAGACUCUUUCCCCCUUUCCAGCAGGAAUGGUUUUCCAUGUAUAACAGUGAGUCGGGAGAUAAUUUUCCUCGUCUGUUGUAUAUUGUAUGCUGGUAGUGUGUAGAUGAAGCACAGCACAUUGUACCACGUUUUAGAAAAACAUGCAGUUGAGCUUUUAUUCUAUGGCAGGGGUCCAUUUUUUUGGGAUAAACGUUUCUUUGCUGGGAUACUCCUGCCCUGCAUGCUUUAACCAAACAGCGGAUGAGUAUGCUUCAACAAGAGAGCACAUGGAAUGACUUGUUUUAUUGAUGAUGCCACUUGUGGUGUGAGUGUAUGUGUGUUUCAGACUGCAAUGAUGUAAUCAUGGUCAGGAAAAGUGAUGCAGUGUUGGAUGGCUUGAAGAUAUGUAUGCUGUUUUCUACAAGUGAUGCUCACAUUUGUGUGUAUGCUCUGCUCAUGUCAUCAUGUACCAUGUGGUCUGAGUAAAAAGUUAGGGGUUCUGGGAAGGUGGGUGUACAUUAUUUAAACCACUGUUCUCUUUGUAGCGUGUGGCUGUUGUAUUGUUUUCUGCUAUUUGACAAUGAAUUACUCUGCACUUAC